AACCAGAAUAUGCUAAUAAAUUAAUUAAACUGACACGGUCAUACUCUUGGGUUUCCGUCCCGCUAGGUGGCGGUAUAACUAUAUCGUCCUGUUGUGUCCCUGUGUCUUUGUGCAGUCGAGGAAGUCAAGAUGGCCACCACCAUGAAGGGAACUGUAGCGGUUGAAGACGUGAAUGUAACUUUUGAAGACCAACAGAAGAUCAAUAAAUUCGCUAGGAACACGAGUCGGAUGACAGAGCUGAAAAAUGAAAUACAGGCAAAGAAAAAAUCGCUGCAGAAUUUACAGGAUGCCAGUGAUGACCUAAUGAUGUUAGAUGACGACACACUAUUGAUCCCUUAUCAAAUUGGCGACGUCUUUGUCAGUCACACGCAGGAAGAAACACAAGAGAUGCUGGAGGCUGCAAAGAGGGCUAUGUGCUGGACUUUCUUGGCCAGUCGCAGUGACUUCCUGGAGUCUCCACUGGUUGCCUGGCAACAAGAAUCAAGAAAUGGGAGUGGUAUCGAGCUCAUCUAACUUUCGGCAAGAAAGUGAAGAAGCGUAUUUUACAAAAUGUAGAACUAUUCCUUUUAAGUAUAUGUGCAAUGGAAGUUGGUCCAGAGCAUUAGAACAGUGAGAAACAGGCCAAAGCAGUGCAAGCAGGCAUCAACACCACUCCCCCAGGCUGGCCAAGGGCUCUGUGUCAGAAGGCAAUGUUUAGCCAGAUGGCUGUUGCCACAAAGCGGCGCUUGAGACAUUGACCAAGAGGGACUUUAGAUUAGAGCCUGUCCUGCCCUCUGUAACUUCUAGGAUCUUCCUGUUUGUCCUUGUGUUUGCUGCUGCUUCAUCACACAACAAAGCACACUGUGCAGGUCUGUGCUGAUUGAUGUGGAGCAGUCUGCUACACACAUUGAAUGACAAAUGUGUUGAGAACAGCUCACUUUUCAACUUGUAAUUUCUGCUGAUUAUAAUUUUGUGCACAUUUAUAUACAUAGUAAUUUAAAGUUUUUUUUCAUUCCUCAUCAAAUUUUCUCCUCCUGCCUUCAGAAUGUGUUUUUAGUGAGUUUAACGCGGAGUAAUUUCUUAAAACCGGUUCAUUGAAAUGUCUUAAACCCAUUGUUGCUUGCCUCAUGUGGAGAAAUUGUAGUGGUUGUCAGAUAAUUGGAGUUUCCAUGUUCUGUAAUCAGGAAGCACUGGAGCAGGAGGUCAAAGGCCUUGAGGAA